UGAGUGACCUGUACUGACUUGGGUUUCUCUCCCUCGUUGUUAAAAAUCAGAUGGUGGCAUGGUCACUUCAGAGGCUGACAUGUCACUUCUGAUAUGCUUAGCUCUCAAGUCUUGAUUCAGUCAAUAUGUGUAUGCAUGCAUGGAGGAGCUUCAGUGUUUUCCUAGCACUAAUGGCUAAGGAUAAUGUACAACAUGCAGUAAGUGCUUCUUGAAGAUGUGUGCAGUAUGUGCUACUAGAACAGUGUGUUGGAAGCCCUCCUCCCUAGCCACACAGGUAUAGAGGACACUGUAAUGUAUUAAAAGACAUUGUAGUGUCUGCAUGCUGAAACUGCCAUGCAGAUGGGAUACGUAGUCUCCAAAUAGGUACUUUAAAGAAAGUUGUAACAGUUCCAGGGGCUAGAGCAAAAUAUGAGACCAGAGUUCUCACCCAUCUGAACCUUUUAGGAUUAGUUCUCCCAGGAUUCUGCCUGUUCAUGAAAUUUGGCAUCUACUUCCAUCCAGAGAAGUAGCUCUUCCUACGAAACGUACCAGCAUAAGAACUCUUGUCCUUUUAGUCUCCCAGUGACUCCAGUUACUGUAUUUACUGUAGGCAGGGUGUUGUUUCUAUGCUGCAUUGGACUGCUGCCUUUUUAAAGUAACUUUGGGGACACUGAAAGUUUAGUUUGUUUUGUGUAUUUGUUGUUUUGUUGGGGUUUUUUUUGUUUAAAGGGGGGGAUUAAUUAUCAACAGUGUAUUGAGAGCAGUCUUUUCUCAUUUUCUGAGCAUUGUGUUGUAUGUAUUACAGAGCUUGUGCUGAGCUCACAAUCAGAUAUGUGGUGAUUGACUUAAGUUUUGAACAUCUGAAAUUAAAACCAUAAUACUUCAAUGUCUAACUGUGUUCAUUAUGAGAUGACUAGAAUAGCAGUGGCCACGUUUUUCAGCAGGGUCAUGUUUGUGUCAUCCAUCGGGCUCAAAGAAAUACUAGUAGGGUGACUAGAUGGUAUAUUAAUUACAGUUGCUAUAUUCAGAUGCCUAGAUCUAGAUUUGAGUGAAAUGACAAAUCUGACUGAAAUUCUUAAUCAGACUUACUUGGAUUGGUGUGUAGAGAUGCUGCUCCUUUUCUUACCAUGAGGCCAGCCAAGCUGUGGAAGAGGCUCGCAGGGUGGCUGGGCAGGCUCUGUCCAUGGAGGUCUUCAAGAUGUGGCUGGAUAAAGCCCCGGGCGACCUGCUCUGAGCUUGGAACUGACCCUGCUUUGAGCAGGGGUUGGACUAGAGACCUCCCGAGGCCCCUUCCAACCUGAAUUAUCCUGUGAUCCUGGAUUAGGACCUGGUUAUGCUAAGUGUUAUGCAGAAGGGUGUUACGCUGUCUGUAAUCCCCUGUCCCGAGGUUGUCCUGGCAGCUAAAAAUCUUUCUUAAAGUAAUACCCACAGAAGUCAUUUCAGUUGAUGCUAAGCUGUCAGUGCCUGUUUUCUUUAUCUGAGACUGAUCUGCCUUUUUUCUUUUGCAAGCUUUUUCCUGUCAAUUUUGCUAAUUGCUAUUUUAGAUUCAUCAUGUUGAUAAGCUUCCACUCAAAUUCUCACUAAUGGUGAAGUAAUACAUACUGUAAGUAGAUAUGGAAAUGUGCACACAGAAAAGAAUAAAAGCAAAGAUAGUACCUUGCGGAUGCAUUAGUCUAAUAUGGCCAAAACUGUCUACAGAUGCAGCAGAGGUUUGAAAGAGAUUCAAGCAGGAGUUGUCUUUUGAAGGUGAGCUGACCUAAUGAAAGCAAGAUGGUUUCUUAAAUAAUAUUGCUGGGUCUUGGCAAUAAAGAUUCAGAUGGGAUAGGUUGCAGGACAGGUGAGCAGAAACCAGUGAAUUAUCACAUCACUGCAGAAAUGUGAAGAAUAUUGCAAUCCUGGAAAAAGGAAAGUUUUAGAAGAUAUGUUUCAGAGAAGACUGAAAAAGGAGAGGGGAAGAAACAUCAAGUCAUUUAAAAUAGUACUGGGGCUGAAUAAACUUAAUGUUUAAAGUUCGUGGAGACCCUAAUUCUGAGUUAAAUUCUAGUAGGGAUCAGAAAGCCUAAACUGAGGACAAGACUGCCAGGAAAUCCUAACUUAAUUUUGGAGGUAGCUUUUGGGAUUUACCGGACUGCAGAAUGUUAAUUGCUUCAAAUUGCAGAAGGAAAAGAGAGACAACUCUCUUAAUGAUGGGUGAUGUCGAUUUUGGUGGUCUUGAUGUGCAGGAUUGUGAUAUCCUUGCAUUGUCAUUAGAGUGAGCUGAGUAAGCAAACUGGAGACCCUUUGGAAAAUUGAAAAGCAAAGUUAAAUCUCCCAACAAAGAAUCUGCAAAAUGCAGACAAAGUGAAUUUACAUGAAAGUUGGCACAUGGAAAGCUAAUGCCUAAAAUGCUACCCUUCCUUUGGGCAGAGCUGCUGUGUAAGAAGUGAAACUGUUUUACAAAAGCCCAUCAAAAGGGACCAGAAGUGCUUUAAAAAAAGGAGAGUGUGUGUGUAGUAUUCUGUACAAUGAGGAAGAGGUGGAAGAGUGGGUUUUUUUUUCUCUUAAGCAGCUCCUAAGGCUACAUCCAGCUGUUGUAGUAUUGCCUUGAAUGUGAGCAGCGCUCGGGUUACUUGUGCAUCUGUGGCCAAGCGUAGCACAGGACGUUGCCUAAAGGUUUGAAAGCAAACCCCAGCCCUGUGGCCACAGGCAAAGUGCAGAUUAGAGAGAGGUUAAGUUGCUCAUAUUUCUGGGUAGGUAUAAAAAUAGCACAAGACUGCUUCUCCCUCCCUCUUCAGGCUAAUGGUCUGUAAAGAAGCGAGCUGCAUGGUCUCACUGGCAAUGACCACGCAACCCUUUGGGACAGGGCUUGUUUUCCAAGGACACCAGGGUACCUGCACAGCUGGUGUAGGUCGGCGACUGAAUGGAGCCAGGUUCUGCCUCCCAUGGGGCUGUCUGUGUAGCUUGUCAGUAAGGCUGGCUGCUCUCAUCAGAAACAGCUGGGCUGGGGAGAGGGUGGGAUGGGAAGUGCUGGUCCAGAGAAGGAACAGUGUGAAGUGUAGAAUGGGAAUGGAAGAGCUGAUUUUCUAGCAAACGGGUAGAUAAGCAAAUGCUAACAGAGUUGUUUGACGUUAAACACAGCCAAGAAAAUUCAGGGCAGAGGUGAAUCUGGUGCUGUGCAUCUAAAUGUGUUAAAAAAUAUCUUUGGAUUUGUGUGCCAGUGUUGAAAGAGUUUGCAUGUGCUGGGAACCCAUGCUCCCUCCCUAAUUUUUGCAUUGUUUCCUCUCUCCAAAAGAAGCAUUAUUAAAGCACAUGACUGCAAAAAUACCACCCUACAUGAGAAAAAGCAUGGCAGCUCAAUGUUCUGUAAAAGCUUAUUUUAAUACACUUUUUAAAUGCAAUUUUCAAGACACCUGCAGCUGGAAAAAAGUCAAGAUUGUCCAAAAGUUUUAAAAAGCUGGAAACUUGAAUUCAAACUUACAUUUGGCACUGCUAAAAUAGCCCCUUUGAAAGUGGAACUGUUGUCUGCUAUGAUUUUUUUUUUUUGUAGGUCUAAGCUUUCUACUGAGCACCUGCUGACAGUGUUUAAGGAAAUUAGUUAUUCCUGUAAAAAGGCAAAAUGUAAUAUGGUAACAGGUUACAUGGGCCAAAGCAUUUGCUGUUGCAAGAAUGCACAUAUGUCUGUGUGUUGUGUAUGGUGGCAAAACGUGGGUGCAGAAGGCAGCGAUGUGUUCUGUUGCUGUUGUGGCAAGUCCUCACUAAAGAGAUGUGAACCUCCAAGGGACGUAGGAGGCAUCUUCGCCUCUUUCACCUCCGCAGAGCGAGGAAGCGCGAUACGUGCGAUGUCUCCGAGCGGUGAGACGGCAGGCUGGUGAGGAGCCUUUGGGGCACAGCCUCCAUUCGGAGCAGCACUGCGAGACCUCUUGGCUUGUUCACAAAGUCGAUUUCCUAGCAAACGUUGAGAAUUAGCAGCAAAUGGCUGCUGAUGGUCUCAGUAGUUUUGCCCCAUUUGGAAGGGGGAAGGCAGGCAUCUCCCAGACUCCUCCAGCUGAAACGUGGUUGUUGCUUCCCAGGACAAGGGUCCCCAGCCAGGGAGGGAAAUGCUGGCUCUUCUGGCUUCCCUCUUUCUCCUGGCAUUCAAAUUGCCUAUUAAACUGUGACCUCGUCUCUAAAGCCUCAAGGAGAAGACUUCUUGUUGGCCACCACGUCGGAACAUUGUGAGAGGAGCACUGGAGGAUGCCCAGAGGAGCGAGGCAGGGCAGGACCAGGGAAAGCGAAGGAAAACGGGACUCGGAAGGCAGCUGGGAGUGACUGGUGCCUCAGGGAGGAUGAGGAUGCGGAUACAGAGCUGGUCCUGAGAUGGAUGGUGAUAGCUCCACAACAGAUGCUUCUCAGUUAGGAAUUGCUGGAGAUUACAUUGGUGGCAGUCACUAUGUGAUACAGCCUCACGAUGACACAGAGGACAGCAUGAAUGAUCACGAAGAUACAAAUGGCUCAAAAGAGAGUUUUAGAGAACAAGAUAUAUAUCUUCCAAUUGCAAAUGUGGCAAGGAUAAUGAAAAAUGCCAUACCCCAAACAGGAAAGAUUGCUAAGGACGCAAAGGAAUGUGUGCAAGAGUGUGUAAGUGAAUUCAUCAGCUUUAUAACGUCAGAAGCAAGUGAGAGGUGUCACCAAGAGAAAAGAAAGACCAUCAAUGGAGAAGAUAUUCUCUUUGCCAUGUCUACCUUAGGGUUUGAUAGUUAUGUUGAACCUUUGAAGUUAUACCUCCAAAAAUUCAGAGAGGCAAUGAAAGGAGAAAAGGGAAUUGGGGGAACAGUUACAACUGGAGAUGGUCUAAGUGAGGAGCUCACAGAGGAAGCAUUUACUAACCAGUUGCCAGCAGGCUUAAUAACUACAGACGGCCAACAGCAGAAUGUUAUGGUCUACACAACAUCGUAUCAACAGAUCUCUGGUGUUCAACAAAUCCAGUUCUCAUGAUUUGAAGAAAACUUUGUAUCUGGGAACACAAGACAGAAAAGCUGUGCAACUCUAAUGAAGAGGCAGUUUUAAUGACUGGUGAAGAGAUUUAUCUCUUUGUAUAUUAAAUAGCUGUAAUGUAGCUACCAGAAGCUUGACUAAUUGAGGUGUGAGUUCUGACUCAAAUCUUUUUCAUGAUGAUUUUAAAAAAAAAUUGGAUUUUAAAGGUAUUAAAGUAUUUUUGUUUUGUACAAGAGUUUGUUGCUCUGUAUAACUCCUGUAUGCAUUGUAUAUUGCAAUUUAUUACUGUCAGAGAUUUGUAGACAGUUUCUUAUUUUCAUAUUGAAUCAUGUUACUUUUGUAAUUCAGGUAAACAGCUGGGUUAAUUCAUGUUUACCCUUUGAAUAAAAUUGUAAGGGUAAAGUUCAUUUUUGAAUGCAAGUUGCCUUUAUUAUAAAGAUUGAGUUGGUCUUGGUUAUGUAACUUGUCUUGCAUGACAACCUCAACUAACUUUACAUGUCAGCAUAUUUAUUGAAGUUUUGAAAGGGACUUUUUCCUCAUGAAACUAGCAGCUCAAAAGAACUGCUACAACUGGUUUUUUUAAUGUAACUUCAGAAUUAAAAGUUAAUCAAAAACAACCAGUGCUCUACUACAUUUAGAGAUUUAGAGCUUAUCAACAGUGUUGAAAACACUGACUGUGUGCGAUGCAGGUCUUAAUUUUUUUUUUUUUUUUUUUUUUUGGUUGCAUUAACUCUCCUUAGACUUCCUUUGACAUAUAUUUAAGGUAGUCUUUGUGCUACUGAAAUAACUCUUCCUUUUUAUGUAUGGUUUUUAGAAUCCAAAACUUAGAAAUUCAAGGGUAGUGAGGGGGGGGGAUUUUAUAGUCCUUGUGGUAAAAGAUCUCAUUUUAACUUUUUACUGAAAUGUUUUAAGGUUUCUUGUGAGACUGUGGGAACUCAAAUGUGUUAGCGACUUUCUGUGUACAGGCUGCGUGUGUGUGUAUGUGUGUGUGUGCGAGCGAGUGAAACUUGAACAAGUGAUACAAAUCUGAAAUGGAAGACAGACUUCUAGUUUGCUGUCUCUUUCCUGGUUUUGCAAUAAAUUCUACCUAGGUAAUGUAGUUCUGUAUAUUUAGUGAGCUGUUCUUAGUAACAUUGCUGUUUCUUUAAUAAUCAGGUGGGUAAUUUUGUUAGAUGCAAUGUCUUAGCCUGUUAGGAUGGGGGUGGUGGUUUUAGUAAUAUAUCUUAUUCAGACUGAAUUUUGGGACCUUUGAUAUUUUUACUGUUUGCAGUGGACUGAAAUGUAAUAUAAUAAUUAUCUUUCCACAUACCUGUCAUUAAUUUAAGCAAACCACACCUUGAAUCUGUUGCCAUAUAAUUUCUUGCUGGUUUUGUCUUUAAAAAAAAAAAAAAAAAGUAACAAUUUAAUAUUGGGAAAAUACCUUAAACUAAGAUAUCCCAGAAACCUGAAAUAGCCAGUUCUUUGCUAAACAAAAAUUUUAUGUAUGUGCAGAUUUGAACAGUGUUUCUUACAAAUCAGCAUCAUGCUGGCAGAGCCUCUGGAGGCAAUCCAGUGUAUCUGGACAGAUGUUCUGGGUUUUGUGGCAGUCUGUCAUUCUUCAGCAGUUAUGACUGAACAAAUGGAGUUUUUCAUUAAAUGUAAAAAUGAAUAACACAAUCCCUA